UGUGCUUAGCAAGAGUUAAAAUAUUUGUCAAUACCUUGUUCUGUUUAUAUUCAUUCCAAAUUUAAAAGUUAUACACUUCAUACUAUCAUAAAAACCCAACAAUAGUAUGUAAAGGUUAGCCCAACAGGAUCAGCAGUUGGAAAUCACCAAAAUGGGAUCCAAGCCGGACCCUCUUCCCAUUUUUAUCUUUGACGUAAUUAUUACGAAACUAGAGGCCAAUGACAUCCAGUUGACCACCCCAUCGAAGCUAGAAGUGCUUGGAAACUUCUUUAAGACACCAUUUGAAAUGGCACCUUCGCAGAUCAAUGUCACCGACUUCCAAAGCGGUUACAGCUUGGAGUUUCAAAACGAACCAAAGGAGAUCCGCAAGAAUGUGGCAACUAGUGGCAUAUCUUUUAAGAUAUCAUAUAACAAAAAGGGGAUUGGCAGUAGCCAGGCUUACUUUCCACAACAUUUACUGGAUACUUUAGACCGUGAUAUGUCGGAUAUUAUACAUUCGGAUAGGGUUAAUAUUACUCGAGGCGACGAAGUAACAGGGAAACUAGAGUUCCUUGCUCGUCUGGUCAUAAAAUGCGUGGGAGAGCCCGAACCAGAUUGCUUUCCAAAUAUGGGAAGCACAAUUGCUCCCCAGGAUAUCAUGUUUUUGAUAGGACACCAAGAUCUUUGUCCAAUUCCCUGUGAACGUUGCUCGGAUGUUAUUGAAGACGAAGCGGGUGACGAACGCCUUCGGCUGGACCUGUCGCGAUAUAAAAGUCGUCUGCCCAAGACGCCCAGAAAAAAAUUUUAAAAACAUUGGGGCGA